AUGGCUUCUUUUGGAAUUCCCCCCAAUAUUUACACCCUUCACAUCCUCAUUAACUCUUUCUGCCACUUGAAUCGGGUGGGUUUCGCUUUCUCCGUCUUAGCCAAAAUCCUCAAACUUGGGCAUCAACCCGACACUGCAACGUUCACCACUCUGAUUAGGGGGAUCUGUGUUGAGGGUAAAAUCGGUGAAGCCCUCCACUUGUUUGAUAAAAUGAUUGGGGAAGGUUUUCGACCCGAUGUAGUUACAUAUGGAACUCUGAUAAAUGGGUUGUGCAAAGUGGGCAACACUAGUGCCGCUAUCAGGUUACUUAGGAGCAUGGUACAAAAAAAUUGUCAGCCUAAUGUAUUUGCUUAUAACACCAUUAUUGAUAGCCUUUGUAAGGAUAGACAAGUAACUGAGGCUUUCAACCUUUUCUCUGAGAUGGUCACGAAAGGCAUUUCACCUGAUAUUUUUACUUACAACUCAUUAAUCCACGCUCUUUGUACUUUAUGUGAGUGGAAACAUGUCGCAACACUGUUGAACGAAAUGGUAGAUAGCAAGAUAAUGCCAGAUGUAGUUAGUUUUAAUACAGUGGUGGAUGCACUCUGUAAAGAAGGAAAGGUCACAGAGGCACAUGAUGUAGUCGACAAGAUGAUUCAAAGAGGUGUGGAGCCUAAUGUAGUCACCUACACUGCAUUGAUGGAUGGACACUGUCUGCGAUCUGAAAUGGAUGAGGCAGUUAAAGUAUUUGAUACGAUGGUUUGUAAGGGCUGUAUGCCUAAUGUUAUCAGCUAUAACACCUUAAUCAAUGGUUAUUGCAAGAUUCAAAGGAUAGAUAAGGCCAUGUAUCUUUUCGGAGAGAUGUGUCGACAAGAAUUGAUUCCUGACACUGUGACUUACAGCACUCUUAUACAUGGCUUGUGGCAUGUGGAAAGACUCCAGGAUGCAAUAGCACUUUUUCAUGAGAUGGUAGCUUGCGGCCAAAUUCCAAAUCUUGUCACUUACCGAAUUUUAUUGGACUAUCUAUGCAAAAAUCGUUAUCUUGCUGAAGCUAUGGCUUUGCUGAAAGCUAUUGAAGGUAGUAAUUUGGAUCCUGAUAUACAAGUUAAUAAUAUUGCCAUUGAUGGGAUGUGUAGAGCUGGCGAACUUGAAGCUGCAAGGGACCUCUUUUCCAAUCUCUCCUCCAAAGGAUUGCAGCCUGAUGUUUGGACUUAUAGUAUAAUGAUCAAUGGGCUUUGUAGAAGAGGGUUAUUAGAUGAGGCAAGUAAGUUAUUUAGGGAAAUGGAUGAGAAUGGUUGCACACAGAAUGGUUGCAUUUACAAUACAAUUACCCGGGGAUUUUUACGAAAUAAUGAGACAUCAAGAGCUAUUCAACUUCUUCAAGAAAUGUUUGCGAGGGGAUUUUCUGCUGAUGCAUCCACUAUGACCUUAUUUGUGAAAAUGUUAUCUGAUGAUGGAUUGGAUCAAUCUGUAAAACAAAUUCUAUGUGAGUUUGUGCAGUAA